AUGGAAAUCCAGUCUUCCAUCGAGGUUUUUGUGGCCAUUAAUAGAAAAUUUUGGAGGGGAGCGCUCAAAUCACCAGCCCAAAGGGAGAAAAACACUGCGGAAGCACCAAGUGCCUCGCCACUUCUUCUUCCACCGCCCAUAUACCUCUUUCAUUUCUCGCUUUUCAUGGAUGUUACUGCAUUCUUUGUCUUUGCCUUUGGCUCUUCUUGAUUCUCUCUAAUACUAUUUUCUCUGCAUUUUCCCAUCUUAUCCAAAUCUCAAUUCCAUUCUUCAUCAUCUUGAAGCGUUUUUCUUCACCUUGCCCUCGGUUGUUGAGGCCCACGUGGGCUUGCCCUCGCCAACUCUCAGCUUUGUGGUGCAAUUCUUCCGAGGUCUCCCUCAACCCUUCUCUUCCUCUCCUGAAAGGAAUCUGAAACUGUUGCAUUUCCCUUACAUUUCUUGCGUUUUUCCAUGUGGGUUCUGAACGGUUCUUCUCUCUAGUUGGUGAUUCUGGGCUUUCUGACAUCUGAUUCUGUUUCUUUUGCUUCUGGGGUCUUGGAUUCCGGUUCAUAGAUUGAUUGAAACACAAGUUAUUUGGGUGAUAUGCAGUCUCAUCAGCUACAUAACCCGCUGGAGGUUGUGCAUUCUCUGGACCAAGAAAUAGGCCCCAGUGAUAAUGCCAGUGACCCAAAUGUUAAGCCAUUCUCUUUGAGGCAAUAUGUCCAUGCCACUCGUGAAAGGGAUAUUUCUCUCAAUUGGCCAUUUCCAGAGAGAUAUCUAAAAACCUGUCUAAAGUAUGGCAUCAUCAAUGUGUUGCCACCCCUUGAAUCCCAUGAUCCAACUAAGGAUCAAUCACUCAGAAAUGAUGUGGGUUUAAGUUGUUCUCAAGAAGAGAAAGCUACUGAUGUUUCAGUCCAGAAUAAUGUGACAAGCAUCAAUAAGGAUUUAAGCUGUUCUCAAGUAGAGGAAGGAAAUGUUGUUUCCACCCAAAACACUGUUAUGAAUACCAGUGAGGAUAAAAUUAACAAAGCUAGUUGCAAUUUAUACUUCGAUGAAUCAGUUGCAGGAGUUUCCAGGGAAGUCUGCCAGUCUCUCUCUAACAGUAGGUUCAAGUGCGGAGAAGACAACCAACUUAGUCCUGAUACUGUUCUUGAGCCCGUAGUUGUGGGAAUUCAAUCAUCAACUACUGCACCAAGUUUGCAUUCCCAAGAUGGCCACAGCACUGAAGCACUGACUUCCCCUAAGAUGUUCAGGCACAAACAAAGAAAGCGUAAGAGGAAACUUAAGAAACGAUCAAUGGUUGAAAUCUGUGCUGUGGCAAAGCAUCGCACUUUAGAGGACCUGGAGAAGAGUUACAGGUUGGGCUGUGAUUCAGUGACACCCCAGGAGAUUUUUGGUGAAGAAAACGUGCAAAUGACUCAUGUUGAUCAUGGUUGCAAACCGAAGCUAACUGAGGACUGCUCAGAGAAGAAGUAUCAAAGCAAUCAUGAUGCAGCUGCAGAUGAAAUGUUAUCAAGCAAAAGAAAGCGAGAAGUAAAGUUCAAGUUCAGCAGAUGCAAACCCAAGUCAUGGGACAAAAAAUUCAAGUUGUCUAAAGUGGCUGACAUAAAGGAUCCAGGAAGCUCAGCAGCCAAAUCUACAGCGAACUAAUUCUAUGUCAAACCUAAUUUUCAAAGAUGCAGCUCAAGCUGAAAGAAUAUAGGAAGUCCAUGAAGAAUGGGGCAUGCACCUUGUGGCCAAAGGAUUAACAAAUAAAUUUAAGAAGUUGAAAGAAGCAUGGAGAUUACAGAAGCAGCUGUGAGAGGAAAGAGAUGCAUAAUUCAUCUAUGGUUUUGUGUUUGGAUUCUGGGAAUUAGACUUUAGUUUCAGAUGGUGCCAUAACUAGUAUUUAACACCUUUUUCUAAGAUCAACAUAUUUGUAGGAUGAUUAAAGCAGCAGCAAUGUUUAGGUCAAUGCAGGAUGAAUAGAGAAUAUGGAGUUUAGUCUCUCAGUUGGA